CCUCCCCUCGCCGGCACCGGAGUGACAGGCGCGGGGCCCUCCUCGCCGAAGCUCGGGGCUCCGGCGCUGGCGAAUCACAGAGUGGUGGAAUCUAUUGCCUUUGUCUGACAAGUCAUCCAUCUCCCAGCGCGGGGAGAGGGAGGGGGUCUGGAGGGGGCUUUGCAGCUUUUAGAGAGACACACACCGGGAGCCGAGGCUCCAGUCUCUGGCCGAGUCUUCUCGCAAACGCAACCCACCUGGGGCCAGUCCAGUGCUGCCGGCGUCCCUCGGCUCCCUCCCUUCUUCCCUCCCUCCCGGCCCUUCGGCCGCGGCGGAGCGCGCCAGCCUUUUCCGGGGGCGGGGGCCCGGCUCGAGCUCUCCCCUCCCGAAGGCGCCCGCUCGGACAUCCCGAGGAUUGCUACUUCUUUGCCAACUUCGCCAACUCACCGGCACUUGGAGCGGCCCGGCUCCCCGCCCGGCGCCCUCGGGCCGGCCCUGCUCCUCGGCUACUCCGACUGCCGCCACUGGAUGAAAGGGUUCCAGGGGAGCUGAGCGAGCCGUCUCCCCCGCCCAGCCUCAGCCCUGGCCGCAGCUGCCGCGCGCGCCAUGCGACCCCAGGUCCCCCCGGCCCGGCCUGCCACCCCGGGGCCGUUCUGCUGACCGCCCAGCCCCGCGCCCCGACGGUGGGAAGUUCCGGGCGCUGCGGUUGCAAGCUCCGGCAGGCCCGGGAGGAGUCCUUGCGGGGAGCGCAGCGCGGCGCCCCCCGCCCCCGAGCGCUCCGCCGCAGCCGGGAGCCCGCUCACCCCCCCACCGUCCCUCCCUUUUUUCCUCAAGUCCUGAAGUUGAGUUUGAGAGGCGACACGGCGGCGGCGGCCGCGCUGCUCCCGCUCCUCUGUCUCCCCAUGGAUAUGCACUGCAAAGCAGACCCCUUCUCCGCGAUGCACCCAGGGCACGGGGGUGUGAACCAGCUUGGGGGGGUGUUUGUGAAUGGCAGGCCCCUGCCCGACGUGGUGAGGCAGCGCAUCGUGGAGCUGGCCCACCAGGGUGUGCGGCCCUGCGACAUCUCCCGGCAGCUGCGGGUCAGCCACGGCUGUGUCAGCAAAAUCCUGGGCAGGUACUACGAGACCGGCAGCAUCAAGCCCGGAGUGAUCGGCGGCUCCAAGCCCAAAGUGGCAACACCCAAAGUUGUGGACAAGAUUGCUGAAUACAAGCGACAGAACCCGACUAUGUUCGCCUGGGAGAUCCGGGACCGGCUCCUGGCGGAGGGCAUCUGUGACAAUGACACAGUGCCCAGCGUCUCUUCCAUCAACAGGAUCAUCCGGACCAAAGUUCAGCAGCCUUUCCACCCAACGCCGGAUGGAGCCGGGACCGGAGUGACUGCCCCUGGGCACACCAUCGUUCCCAGUACGGCCUCCCCUCCUGUUUCCAGCACCUCCAAUGAUCCGGUGGGAUCCUACUCCAUCAAUGGGAUCCUGGGGAUCCCUCGCUCCAAUGGUGAGAAGAGGAAACGUGAUGAAGAUGUGUCUGAGGGCUCAGUCCCCAAUGGAGAUUCCCAGAGUGGCGUGGACAGUUUGCGGAAGCACUUGCGAGCUGACACCUUCACCCAGCAGCAGCUAGAAGCUUUGGAUCGGGUCUUUGAGCGUCCUUCCUACCCUGACGUCUUCCAGGCAUCAGAGCACAUCAAAUCAGAGCAGGGGAACGAGUACUCCCUCCCAGCACUGACCCCUGGGCUUGAUGAAGUCAAGUCGAGUCUAUCUGCAUCCACCAACCCCGAGCUGGGCAGCAACGUGUCGGGCACGCAGACAUACCCCGUUGUGACCGGUCGUGACAUGGCGAGCACCACUCUGCCUGGUUACCCCCCUCACGUGCCCCCCACUGGCCAGGGAAGCUACCCCACCUCCACCCUGGCAGGAAUGGUGCCUGGGAGCGAGUUCUCCGGCAACCCGUACAGCCAUCCCCAGUACACGGCCUACAACGAGGCUUGGAGAUUCAGCAACCCCGCCUUACUAAGUUCCCCUUAUUAUUAUAGUGCCGCCCCCCGGGGCUCCGCCCCUGCCGCUGCUGCCGCUGCCUAUGACCGCCACUAGUUACCGCGGGGACCACAUCAAGCUUCAGGCCGACAGCUUUGGCCUCCACAUCGUCCCCGUCUGACCGCCCACCCCGGAGGGAGGGAGGAUCGACGCGACAAGAAGCCUCCCGGCCACCGCCCCAGACCCACCCCAUCCCAGGACCCCUACAGCCCUUCACUUCACCCCGUCGAAGGCCGGACAGGACGGGUGGAGCCGCGGGCGGGACCCUCAGGCCCGGGCCCGCCGCCCCCAAUCCCGCCCGCCGCCCCUCCCCGCCUGCCUGGACAACGCGGCGUCGCGAGGAGGGUCCGACACAGCUCAUCCCCGCCUCGCCCGAGCCGACCCGGGAGUCGACCAGCCACACCGCCGGACUCUGGCCGGGCCCGCCGCUGCGCGGGGGACACGUUUCUGUGACACACAAUCAGCGCGGACUGCAGCGCGGCCCAGCCCCGGAGCAGCCCGCCUCGGACGCUCCGGCGCCGGGAGGCUUCGCUGGGCAAAGGAAAUUAAGAACAAAACGAUGUUCUGCAGAAGGGGGAACAGCCUCCCACCAAGUCCCCGGGAAAAAGUCCGCACCCCGGCGCCAACCGGACUGCUCCCACCUGUGCCCUGCCCAGAAGGUGGAAUGGAAUGGGGGCGUGA